CAUCAUGUUCAACAGAGACCAAGCAGCUCUUCUCUCCAUUCAGCUUUUAACUAUGUGCCAAAUCUUUGCAGAGAUUGAUCCAGUUGAGCACAGGAAUAAACUUGUGUCCAGAGGAGACUCCGUCACCUUCACCUGCAACAUAUCCAAGACAAACGCAACGCAAAUCAGAUGGACCAAAGAAGGAUUUGUUUUUGUGUUUACAAUCUCAAUGAAUCUUACUUUUUCAAAUUUCACCUCUGAGAGACUGAGAAUAGACAAGAACUUACCUUCAACGAUGAACAUUUUUAAAGUUCAGCAUGACGAUGCAGGACCCUACAGAUGUUAUUUAAAUGACUUAAAAGGUGAAAGGGCUAUUCAGUGGAAUUUAACGGUGUCUGGGGAACCCAAAGAAUUCAGUCCAUUGUGGUUCUUUCUAUACGUACUCCCAGCUGUUAUUGGAUUUCUUCUAUGUUGCAUCACUCCAGCUGUCUGUCUCUACAGAAGCUGGACUGAGAACCCAAACCAGGACCAGGAAAGCGAGACCCUGAGUUAUGCCCAGUUUCGUGUUCAGUUGGGAAAAGAGGUGGCUCCCCCCCAACCCCACAGUUGUGCAGAAUACAGGACCAAUCACAAGCAGGACAAAGUCGGGACUUCAAGAGGCUCAAUUCAAUCUCUGGCCUGUUAAGCGUGAAGUUCAGUGCAAAGCUGAAUAGGAAUCAAGAAAUGUUGGAAAACGAGACACAUUU